UCACAAAAAUGCUAUUCACAGUAAUGUUUCAUGAAAUGUAGACGCUCUAAAAACUAUUUCUGGAGCUUUCCUGUAGGCGCCGAAACCGCAUCAAUCGAAUUACAGCUUCAGCAUCGGUCCCAGUUGGAGCUUUCUGAUUGGCUGGACGACAUAUGAUGCUGCGCCGUCUCUUCCCAAGUCCUGGAGAGCGCGCGCCUGACAACAGCAUUAAAGUACCGCCAGGUUUAUUGUACGUUUAUGUCCCAGCGUUAGUUUGAGACGGGACUGAUAGUGCUCAAUGCUUCCCGCUUUUACCGCUUAUGCAUCAAGUGAUUUGGAGUUUCACAUUAGGAACUAAUAAUCUAAUCAGCGUCACUGGAGGGUGAUUUGCUCGAUCGCCGCACCUCUGACUCUGCCCAAGACUGAAUCUCACAGGCUUAACCAUGCCUGUCGAAAACAGCGACCAGGAGAGCAUGCUGAGCUAUCAGAGGCCUGAUGAGGAGGUAGUGGUGGACCAUGGUGGCACAAGCUCAGUCCUGAAUAUCCACUAUGAAAAAGAAGAGCUAGAGGGUCAUAGGACUCUGUUUGUGGGUGUGCGGAUGCCCAUGGCCAGAGAGUCUCACCGCCACCAUCGGCCGCACAGCUCCAGACACCGCAGGAGAUCUGAGAGGAUAAGGAGUGUAACUCAGGAAGAAGGGAACACAGAAAGUGCUUCAGCUUCACACGAUACCCCGUCCCAGAGGGUUCAGUUUAUUCUGGGCACUGAGGAGGACGAGGAGCACGUGGCACACGAGCUCUUCACUGAACUUGAUGAAAUCUGUGUUAAAGACGGCAAAGAUGCGGAGUGGAAGGAAACCGCUAGGUGGUUAAAGUUUGAGGAGGAUGUUGAGGAUGGAGGAGAGAGGUGGAGUAAACCAUACGUAGCUACGCUCUCCCUUCAUAGUCUGUUUGAACUACGAAGCUGUAUCAUUAAUGGAACAGUGCUGUUAGACAUGAAGGCCAACAGCAUCGAGGAAAUUGCAGACCUGGUGCUUGACCAUCAGGAGGCAGCUCAUGAACUGGAUGACAGUGUGAGGCUGAAGGUUCGAGAGGCACUUCUCAAAAGACAUCACCACCAGAGCGACAAAAAGAGGAACAACCUGCUACCCAUGGUCAAAUCCCUCACCGAGUCGGGCCGAAGGCAUAGUGAACCUCAUUCAAUGGACAAGACUGGCCCUGCCACCUCUCCUCAGCCUCCACCUACAAGCACAGAUGUAAAGAAUGGAACAGCACAGGAAAACGGCCAGAUGGAAACCAAGGUGGACACACAUUUCAUGAAGAAGAUACCCACUGGAGCAGAGGCUUCCAAUGUGCUGGUUGGAGAGCUGGACUUUUUAGAGAAAUCCAUCAUAGCCUUCGUUCGCUUGUCUCCCGCUGUGCUGCUCACAGGACUUACCGAAGUUCCCAUACCCACUAGAUUCUUGUUCAUCUUGCUCGGUCCGGAUGGAAAGGCCCAGCAAUACCAUGAGAUCGGUCGCUCCAUGGCCACCAUAAUGACCGAUGAGAUAUUCCACGAUGUCGCAUACAAGGCAAAAGACAGAAGUGAUUUGUUAGCCGGUAUAGAUGAGUUUCUGGAUCAAGUGACAGUUUUGCCCCCGGGAGAAUGGGACCCUUCUAUACGGAUAGAACCCCCUAAGAAUGUCCCAUCACAGGAGAAAAGAAAAAUGCCGGGCGUUCCGAACGGAACAGUUGUUCAGGUCGAGGAGGAGCAGCAUGGAGAACAUCAUGGACCAGAACUACAGAGAACUGGGAGGCUGUUUGGAGGUCUAAUUCUAGAUGUGAAGAGAAAAGCUCCGUUUUAUCUGAGUGAUUUUAAAGAUGGUCUGAAUCUGCAAUGUGUGGCAUCAUUCCUGUUCCUCUACUGUGCCUGUAUGUCACCUGUUAUCACCUUUGGAGGACUUCUGGGAGAGGCUACAGAAGGGCGUAUUAGUGCGAUUGAGUCUCUGUUAGGAGCAUCAAUGACUGGAGUAGCUUACUCUCUGUUUGCCGGACAACCCCUAACUAUAUUGGGAAGUACGGGACCUGUUCUCGUGUUUGAAAAGAUUCUCUUCAAAUUCUGCAAAGACUUUGAGCUCUCUUACCUUUCCCUGCGCACUUGUAUUGGUCUCUGGACGGCGUUCCUAUGUCUGAUUCUCGUUGCGACGGACGCAAGCUCUUUGGUCUGUUACAUCACACGUUUCACGGAGGAGGCUUUCGCCGCGCUCAUCUGCCUCAUCUUCAUUUACGAAGCACUGGAGAAACUGUUCCAUCUCGGAGAACUGUACCCGAUCAACAGACAUGGAGAACUGGACAAACUCACAUUGGCAUUCUGUAGAUGUGCAGAACCUGACAAUCCCAGUAAUAAAACAUUAGAACUGUGGAAUAAGAGGAACAUCACAUCCACUUCAGUGUCGUGGAGCAACCUCACCGUAACGGAGUGCUUGGAUCUUCACGGACAAUUUAUUGGUUCAGCGUGCGGACACCAUGGUCCCUACACCCCUGAUGUUCUCUUCUGGUCGGCCAUCUUGUUUUUUGGUACCUUCUUCCUGUCUACCUUCCUUAAACAGUUUAAGACGAGCAGAUACUUCCCAACACGGGUACGGUCAAUGGUCAGCGAUUUUGCGGUAUUCCUCACUAUUGUUCUCAUGGUCCUCGUUGAUUACAUCAUUGGAGUCCCAUCGCAAAAGCUACAAGUGCCAAACAAAUUCAAGCCGACACGCGAUGACCGUGGCUGGCUGAUAAACCCUAUUGGGCGAAACCCGUGGUGGACGGUGCUGGCUGCACCAAUACCGGCUCUUCUCUGCACCAUCCUCAUCUUCAUGGAUCAACAGAUCACUGCAGUCAUAAUAAACCGCAAAGAGCACAAACUACAGAAAGGCUGUGGGUACCAUUUGGAUCUUCUGAUGGUUGGAUUGAUGUUGGCUGUGUGUUCCAUUAUGGGUUUGCCCUGGUUUGUCGCGGCAACUGUCCUGUCGAUCUCCCACGUCAACAGCCUAAAGCUGGAGUCGGAAAGCUCCGCCCCUGGAGAGCAGCCUAAAUUUCUGGGUAUUAGGGAGCAGAGACUGACUGGUUUGGUCAUUUUUCUUCUGAUGGGCUGCUCUGUCUUUAUGACCGGAGCAUUACAGUUCAUUCCAAUGCCAGUGCUUUAUGGUGUUUUCCUGUAUAUGGGAGCCUCAUCCCUAAAGGGCAUUCAGUUCUUUGACCGUCUGAUGUUGUUUGGCAUGCCGGCGAAACACCAGCCGGACUUUAUUUACCUACGCCAUGUUCCUCUGAGAAAGGUUCACCUGUUCACCCUGACACAACUUACUUGCCUGGUGCUUCUCUGGGUGAUCAAAACCUCCCCUGCCGCGAUUGUAUUUCCUAUGAUGGUUUUGGCACUAGUGUUUAUCCGUAAGCUGCUGGAUCUCUGUUUCACCAAACGAGAGCUCAGUUACCUUGAUGAUCUGAUGCCUGAAAGUAUAAAGAAGAAGAAGCUGGAUGAUGAUUCCAAAAAAGCACAGGAGCAGGAGUCACAGGAGAUGCUGGUUGAUGACUGUGAUAAAGAUGCAGUGCAGAUCCCAAUGGAGAGCAAAGCUCUGUACUCACCUAGAACUCCAGAUCCCAGGACUGAUCCCUCUGAUAUUAACAUAUCUGAUGAAAUGUCUAAAACCACUGUAUGGAAAUCCCUCAGUUCCAAUCACAAGGAUACACAAUAGAAAGGAGGUACCAAGAGGUACGUCGACAGACUGAAGAAAUUACGUACUUGGCAUCGGUUGUUUAAAAUUCAAUUUUACGACUGAAUUGUAGGACUUUUUAAGUCACGUGCUAAAAAUAUUAAUAUUUUAGUUAACCAUUUCCCACACACAGAACAAAAUACAGCACAAAAAAGCUCACAGCCCUGAUUUAUGUAUAGCUGUGUGAGUAUGGUGUGAUGUACAGGUGUGUCAAUGUGUGUGAACCAAUGUGCAUAGAGGAGAACAAACUCUUUACCCAACCCAGGUUAUUUUUAAUGUUUAAUUCAGUUUUAACAAACGUAAACGUCUCCGUGCUGUGCUGUAAAGCGUUGCGUGUAUAUUUUGUUUGGUAACUGUCUGUUUCUCAUUUGUAGAAUAAUAUAACUGAUAAAAAUGUCUCCAUUUUUUGCUGUGAACUUGCUGUAUGUUACUGUAUGUGUAUGCUUUGUUUAUCAUCAAAAUAAUAACAUUCACAGAGUGCCGCAGGGAUGACAUAUUUUUGUGGGCUUACCCGGAAGUUAGCGGGACACUUAAAGGUGCAGUAUGUAAAUUUUAGCGCCCUCUAGUGGUGUGGUUGUGAAUUGCAACCAACGGCUCAGUCCACUGCUCACCCCUCAUUUUGAAACGCAUAGAGAACCUACGGUAGUCACCACCGGAAAAAACAUGUCAUUGUCAAAAACAACUUAAUAAAAUAAAGUUUGUCCAUUAAGGGCUUUUGUAGAAACAUGGCGGAACAAAAUGGCGACUUCCACGUAAGGGGACCCUUGGUGUAUGUAGAUAUGUAGAUAAAAACAUCUCAUUCUAAUGUAAUAAAAACAUAAUGGUUUAUUAAGAAAGGUCUUUAUAAACCCCUGAUAAUAUAGUUUUGUAUAUUAUUUUGCAUUUCUGUCAAGAGAUCCUUCUAAAAAUUACACACUGCACCUUUAAACGUUUUGUCCAACAACACUGAAAAAAAUGAUUCAUUUAAUUUACUCAAUUUUUUUAAGGUAAGUGGGCGCAAUCAAUUUAUUUAAGCUACAUUUAAACAAAAGUUUUUUGUUUUGUUUUGUAUUUCAAUUUUUUUAGCUUAAAUAAAUGGAUUGCAACCACUUACCUUAAAAAAAUUGAGUUAAUUGAAUGAAUAAUUUUUUCAGUGAAGUUAAUCUUUAGAGACACAACUUUUAUGAUUUUUGAAGUCUGUGGGGCGGUUCCCAGGACUGGGUUUAGAUUAAUCCAGGACUAGGCCUUAUAGUUAUAUUAUGAGAUUUAAGUAGUUUUUACAAACAAACCUUACAAAAAACUAUCUGUGUGUGCAUCUUGAGAUAAAACAAUGGCACUGAUUAUGUUAAGCUAUGUUAAGAUCAUUUAAAUUAUGGCACCUCAAACGUGCAUUUUAGUCUGGGACUAGGAUAAGCCCUGUACAGGAAACCGGCCCUAAAUGCGUUUACUAUAGACAUAAAAAAUUAACUUCAAAAUUAAUUAAAUCUGUGUUAAUCUGUGAAUAUUAUUUUGUUCGACAAAACGUGUAAGUGUCAUAAACUUGUUUAAUUUUUUUGCGAUAAUCCAAAAAUCUAUGGGAAUUUUUUUUUAAAGUAUUUUUAGCGAGGGAACCAGUGUCCCGAUAAUUUCUGGGUUGGCCUACAACUGCGGUACUAAGUCUGUGUGUUUAAACGGACACUCCUUUUUUUUAAAAUAUGCUCAUUUUCCAGCUCCCGUAGAGUUAAACAUUUGAUUUUUACCGCUUUGGAAUCCAUUUGGCUGAUCUCCGGGUCUGGCAGUACCACUUUUAGCAUAGCUUAGCAUAAUCCAUUGAAUCUGAUUAGACCAUUAGCAUUGUGCUAAAAAAUAACCAAAGAGUUUCGAUAUUUCCCCUAUUUAAAACUUGACUCUUCUGUAGUUACAUUGUGUACUAACACCGACUGAAAAUUAAAAGUUGUGAUUUUCUAGGCAGAUAUGGCUAGGAACUAUACUCUCAAUCGGGCGUAAUAAUCAAGAACUUUGCUGCUGUAACAUGACUGCAGCAGGCGUAGUGAUAUUAAGCAGUCAGUCUUAGUACACAAUGUAACUACAGAAGAGUCAAGUUUUAAAUAGGACAAAUAUUGAAACUCUUUGCUUAUUUUUAGCGCAAUGCUAAUGGUCUAAUCAGAUUCAAUGGAUUAUGCUAAGCUAUGCUAAAAGUGGUAGCGCCAGACCCGGAGAUCGGCUGAAUGGAUUCCAAAACGGUAAAAAUCAAAUGUAGGAGAGCUGGAAAAUGAGCACUUUUUUAAAAGGAGUGUCCCUUAAAGACAAACGUCUGAUCAGAUUAAUAACCUCGGUUAGAAUUAUUUAUGUGCCAGUAUAAAUAUCCGUCACUUAUAUUAGAUGAACAAGGCCAUGAACCAAAUCAGUCCUUAGCAAAUUGACUAUUUUUAUUGUGUGUGUGUGUGUUGUAUUGAGACUUGUUAAUAUUUGAGCAAUAAAUGGCUUUUAUGUAGUUAGGUCACCAGGUAAACGGAUGGAUAAGUAUGAACAUGAGGUUCUUUUGCCAUGAGUGUUUUUACCAUCAUUUACCAUCAGUAAAGUCAGAAGGGACCAGGAAAAUAGAGUCUUUUGAAGAACCAAUGACAAAGAGCUCUGAUGGUAAACUGGAUUGUUCAGGUUUUAUUUUAAAGAGAUAGUUCAGCUAAAAAUAAAAAUGAUCCCAUGAUUUACUCACCCUCAAACCAUCUUUGAUGUAUAUGAAAGUAGAAUUGACUGCCCUCAGAAGGCCUUUUUUACCCACUGGAGCCUUGUGGAUUACUUUUGUGAAGGGGUGCACUUUUUUGGGCUUUAAAUUAGAAGCACCAUUUCCUAAAGCUUGGAUCAGCCAGGACAUUUUCUUAAUCUGAAUAGAGAUAAUUAUAUACAGCAAGGCUUGAGAGUGAGUAAAUCAUUGGGUAAUUUUCAUUUUUGGCUGAAUGAUCUCUUUCCGGCCAGUAGCCCCAGUAAUAAGCCAUCUUCUUUAGACUACCUCCCACAUGUGUCAAAAUAAACCCCACACCCGUUUCUGCACUGAAAGAGGUAAAAAUGUGGUUUAACCUUUUAACCUCAGUAAAAAACAACUUUAUUUACAGUUGCACUUUGUGUAGAUAUUUACUGAUAUGAUUUUAUAUUUUGAAAUUAUUAUAUAGAUAUAUAGUUAUUAUAUUAUUAUACAUUAUGAAUUAAUAUAUGUAUGUGUAAUGCAAUUAUUUUAAAAACUUCCUUUUUAUAUAUAUAGAUAUACAUUUUAAUAAAAUUGAGGAGAUGCGGCAUGAUACGAGAUGUUUAUUUGAGCAUCUGUAUAUUUCUCACAAGACCAUUUUUUUCUGAUAAAGUUUCACCUUAAUGAUCUGCCUUCAGUUUACAGGAGAAUGUGAAUAAAAAAUGUCAUUCAAAAUGUUAAAUUAACUUUCCAGCUUAACAAUAAGCUACUUAAUGAUUAAAAGGUUCUUUUAGAUUUUGAUUGUGUUUUUACCUCAGCGUUAAUCAUGAAAAACUGUUCUGUAUUAUUUUAUUGUCAGAGUGAAAAAUGAAAUAAAAAUGUAUUUAAAUGUU